AUGGCAGGUAAUAUCACCGUUGUCGUCAAGCGACGAAUCCCCGUCGGCGAUACCGACUACCGCGGUGGAUCUGCCUCGAACACAACCCAGCUGAAAGACGCUCCCACGGAUGCAUGGCAGUUGAACCUGAAACUUGGACUCCUCCGGGGCGUUUUCCCUUACCUCCGUACUCGCCAGUGA